CCGUGCGACCACAUUUUUAAGCUUAAAACAAUUAUUUUUUUCUUUUUUUAUUUUUCACGGAAGCUAGACAAAAAAGUCCCUAAUUGUCCGCAAACAAUCAAUCAUCGCUAAAAACCUAACCCACAGACGUAGCGUGACGCAGUUACCAAUGACAAUUCGGCCGAAUUCGCGUGACCGUCGUUCUCACGCGCUCCCCCCGCCGAUUACCAACACCCCCUCUCCCAGUCAGCCCUAUCCCCUUUUUCUCCCAUACAUAUCAUCUCUCCACCCACAAUCGCCUCCCGCCGCCUCUCCUUUCCCCCCAAUUUCCUUUUCCGAUUCCUUCCCCUCGUUGAAUUUAAUUCGCUAGGGUUACCGAUCCAUGGGCGAUUUGACGGAAUCUUCGACUCCUCACGCGCCGGCGCCGCCGCGGCAGGGUCCUUUCCGCGAGGACUGCUGGACGGAGGAGGCGACGGCGACGCUCGUCGAUACCUGGGGACAGCGCUACCUCGAGCUCAACCGCGGCAACCUCCGCCAGAAGGAUUGGCAGGAGGUGGCAGAUGCGGUGAACGCGCUCCACGGCCACACCAAGAAGACGCACCGCACCGACGUGCAGUGUAAGAACCGGAUCGAUACUCUGAAGAAGAAAUACAAGACGGAGAGGACGAGGAUCGCUGAAUCGAACGGUGCCCUAGCCUCGUCCUGGCCGUUUUUCUCCACUCUGGAGCACUUGAUCGGAUCUAAUUUCAACAAGCACCAGCAGAGCAAGGUGAUUACGUUGCCUCAAUCUGCGCCGCAGCUAUCUCUGCCUGCUCCGCCGCUGGCUGUGCCGUUAUCCUAUCGCAAACCGAUGAAUCCUGCGGUGGUGACGCCGUUUAGUCUGCCGCAGAAGCGUCCGAUGACGUCUCCGGUCGUGGAUAAGUCGUUCUUCAGGAGAAAUUACUCGGCGAUGGCUGCUGCAGCGGCUGCACCUGACGAUGAGGCUGAUGAUGAUGAUGAUGAGUUGGAGGGUGAUGAAGUGGAGGGGAGCGAGGAUGAGGCUGAAGAGGACGAACAGGUAGGGCAAGAAGGGAUGAGGAGACUGGCAAAGGCUAUAGAGAAUUUUGGGGAAAUUUUUGAGAAGGUAGAGGGUAAUAAGCUGAGGCAGAUGGUGGAGUUGGAGAAGCAAAGGAUGCAGUUUGCUAAAGAUUUGGAGGUCCAAAGGAUGCAAUUGUUUAUGGAUACACAGGUCCAGUUAGAGAAGGUCAAGCGAACUAAACGACCUGGAUCUUCUGAUGAUAUGUAUAGCUAGUGGUGCGGAGUCUGGGACCGUGCAAAUCCUUGGUGCGGUCGAGCAUUGAGCAGCUGAACAAUGUGGUAUUUCUUCUUGUUGAUAGGUGAAGAAGAUUCUUUGGCCGGGAAAGAUAUUGACUAGCUAAUUUUUAUGUAGAAGAGUGAUUCAUGUCAAUGUUAGGCUUCCUUUGAUCAAAAUCUACUUUUAUCUGCCUGUUUAGGAUCAUUAAUUUUUGUUCUUGUCAGUUCAUAUAGCAACUUGUUAGUGUUUGAAUGUGUUUUCAUAUAAUCAUUCGUAGUUUACUUCA